UGCAUGUCGGCCAAACAACCGAGAAUGGCAGCUUCGAUUCAUCCAAGAGUCCUCGCGAUGCAGUUCUUGGGCGCGAUCGCCUUCAUUUCUGGUGUUCUACGCUCCGGUGCAAGCGACCCUCCACUGACGCUUGAUUACUAUGCAUCUUCGUGCCCGACCGUGUUUGACGUCAUCCAUAAAGAAAUGGAAUGCGCGGUGCUCUCAGAUCCGCGCAAUGCUGCGUUUGUAGUCCGACUACACUUUCAUGACUGCUUCGUCCAGGGAUGUGACGGUUCGGUUCUGUUAGACGAUACAGUCACGCUGCAAGGAGAGAAGACAGCGUCCCCAAAUAUAAACUCUCUAGAUGGUUUUGAUAUCAUCGAUAAGAUCAAGAACAAAGUUGAAUCCGACUGCCCUGGAAUUGUCUCGUGCGCUGAUAUAUUGACAAUUGCUGCUAGAGAUGCGGUCAUUCUGGUGGGCGGACCGUAUUGGGAUGUUCCGGUGGGGAGGAAGGACUCGAGAACUGCAAGCUACGAGCUUGCAAACGCCAACAUUCCAACUGCGAACGAAGGUCUCACUUCCAUCAUUUCCAAGUUCCUUUCCCUCGGCCUCUCUGUCACCGACACCGUCGCGCUUUCCGGGGCUCACACGAUCGGCAUGGCACGAUGUGAGAACUACCGUGCGAGGAUAUACGGCGACUACGAAUCAACGUCGGGCGGUAGUCCAUCCUCCGAAGCACGCCUCAGCAAAUUGAAGUCCACGUGCCCAGCCGCCGGAGGGGGAGAGGACAACAUCGCGCCGAUGGACUACGAAACGCCCAACGUAUUCGACAACUCCUACUACCACUUGCUCCUGAAUGGAGAGGGAUUACUUAACUCCGACCAAGAACUGUAUUCGAGUGUAUUGGCGAUUCAGACCAAGAAGAUUGCGGUACAGUAUGCGCAUGACACGGCGGCUUUCUUCCAGCAGUUCUCCGAAUCCAUGGUCAAGAUGGGGAACAUCACGAAUUCGGAUAGCUUUGUCAAUGGAGAAGUGAGGAAGAACUGCAGAUUUAUCAAUACAUGAUCGCUGAGUCAUGUGUAAUGAAGACUCGUUUGAUUUUUAAUCUUUGUUGGUUACUUAUCCAGAGUCGGACAUAUGCAAACUCGAGCUAAUUAGCAAAUUCAUUUGGAAGUUAAAACGAUUCUUGUAAUAGAGACGUACAUUUCUCUACA